AUGUGUGAGGUUCUUAAUUUUGAAGGGUUGGUGAAAAUUCUGAAGAAAUAUGAUCGAAAGACAGGCGGGCUUAGGCGCCUGCCAUUCCUUCAGAAAAUCCUCGAGCAUCCCUUUUUAAGCACAGAUCUGAUUUCAGAACUUGUUAGAGAAUGCGAAAAUAUAAUAGAUGAGGCAUAUCAAGCUGGUGAAGCAGCCGAAAGAGUAAAUGCAAAAGCUGUAUUUGAUGGAAAAGGAUCGUUGGAAAGAAUAGUUGAAGCUUUGCUUAAAAAACAAGAGAAUAUGAUGAUCGUCAAAGAGGGUACGACUUCUAUGCAAAACGAGUGA